AUGGUUCGCGCAGACGGCUAUCAGACCAAGGUCCACUACCAGGGCCGCGUGGAUGACUUCAUUGUCUACGCCGAGAGUGUGGCAGCCUUGCAGAAGUGGAAGGAGGACAAGUCGACACCGCUCGUCAGCGUAGUCGACAGCUUCCAGAUCUUCGUCUCGCACAAGCAAGGCAGCCAAGGCCAUUUCGACCGUGCAUCAAAUGCGAGCUUGGAGAACGAGUUCGGAACACAUGAUGACACAGAGGUGGUGCAGAAGAUCCUAGAGAGCGGCGCAGUACAGGAAGUGAAGGGAUCUCCCAAACAAGGUGACACUAACCCGAAUAACGGAGGGGCCCUCGGCUCGAAUUAG